GGAGCGGCUUUCGGCACGGGAGGUGGAAGGAAACUGAUUUCACCGCCGCCUGAUCUUCUCAUCUCUCUCUCUCUCUGAGGACUUUUUGCUCCUUGCAGCGGGCGAGACUGAGGAGAACAUCUCCAAAACUCAAUGUCAUAGCGGUCCACGGGCGGAGCCGACGCCGAGAAGCCGAUUCUGAAGUCAGUGGACGACGGCAGGGAAAGAGGAGGAGAAGUCCCGAGAAGUUGAAAGAACCCGGAGCUGCAGAAACCCUCCUUUUGCCUUGAAGCCUGAGGCGAUUGCGAAAUCUCGCAGCAGGUGCAGCGGCUAAGAGAGAGAGAGAGACCACCUUCCCUCCACGCGCAGCUACCGCCGCCGCCGCGGACUCGAAAGAUAAACGAGAACGCGCGCAGAGAUCACCCGCUUCGUUUUACAGAGAACGAGAAAAAAACCCUUAUCGCCGCGGGAACAGAAGAAAAUAAUAAUAACAAUAAUAAUAAUAAUAAAAAUAAUAAUACUUCUAUAGCUGCAGAAAAAAGAGCAUUCAAACACUCGGGAAGCCGAUUUGGACCCUAGCUAUGAAGUCUUACAUUCCAUUUUUCAUUCUUCUGUGGAGUGCUGUUGGAAUUUCAAAGGCUGCCAAAAUAGUUAUUGUGCCGCCAAUUUUGUUUGAAAGCCAUCUAUAUAUUUUCAAGACCCUGGCUUCAGCCUUGUAUGAACAUGGCCACCAGACUGUUCUGCUUCUGUCUGAGGGCAGAGAAAUCCCUCCAUCAAGUCAUUACAGACUACAGCGAUACCCAGGGCUCUUUAAUACAACCACCUCAGAUGAAUUUCUUCAUUCCAAAAUGAGGAGUAUCUUUUCUGGAAGACAAACGGCGUUGGAGCUGUUUGAUAUUCUGGAUCACUAUUCCAAAAAUUGUGACAUGGUUAUGGGCAACAAGAAGCUCCUGCAUGCCCUGAAACAGGAAAAAUUUGAUCUGCUACUAGUAGAUCCUAAUGAGAUGUGUGGAUUUGUUCUUGCCCAUCUUUUAGGGAUUAAAUAUGCUGUUUUUUCCACUGGCCUUUGGUAUCCUGCAGAAGUAGGUGCACCUGCACCAUUAGCAUAUGUCCCUGAAUUUAAUUCACUUCUCACAGACCACAUGAACUUCCUAGAAAGAUUUAAGAACACUAUUGUUUAUCUGGUUUCAAGAUUUGGAGUCAAUUUUUUGAUUCUGCCAAAAUAUGAAAGGAUAAUACAGAAGUAUAGUGUACAGCCAGCAAGGUCCAUGUAUGAAUUGGUUCAUGAAUCCAGCCUGUGGAUGCUAUGUACUGAUGUAGCACUGGAGUUUCCAAGACCUACACUACCAAAUGUUGUUUACGUGGGAGGAAUCCUGACCAAACCAGCCAGUCCUCUACCAGAAGAUCUGCAAACAUGGGUGAAUGGUGCUACUGAAAAUGGCUUUGUCCUUGUAUCAUUUGGAGCUGGAGUGAAAUACUUACCUGAAGAUAUAGCAGAUAAAUUGGCACAUGCUCUGGCUAGACUUCCUCAAAGAGUAAUUUGGAGAUUUUCAGGUAAAAAUCCCAGGAAUUUAGGUAACAAUACAAAACUUAUAGAAUGGUUACCACAAAAUGAUUUAUUAGGUCACUCUAAUAUUAAGGCCUUCCUUAGUCAUGGUGGUCUGAAUAGCAUUUUUGAAACCAUGUACCAUGGUGUUCCUGUGGUGGGAAUCCCUCUUUUUGGAGACCAUUAUGACACCAUGACUCGAGUGCAGGCCAAGGGCAUGGGUAUACUACUAAACUGGAAGACUCUUACGGAGGAUGAGUUAUAUAAUGCACUGGUGAAAGUUAUUAAUGAGCCCAGCUACAGGCGACAGGCCAGGAAGCUGUCUGAAAUCCAUAAAGACCAACCAGCUCAUCCUGUUAAUCGAACAGUCUACUGGAUUAAUUACAUCCUUCGUCAUAAUGGAGCACAGCAUUUACGAUCUGCAGUUUACACUGUCUCUUUAUAUCAGUAUUUCUUAUUGGAUAUUGCCUUUGUUGUGCUACUUUGUACUGCCUUACUCUGCUACAUUUUGGCCAGGAUAGCAAAAUUUAUUUGCAAGCAAAGCAAACAUUUUUGGUCCACUGAUGAACAUGUUACUGUCAAUGGACAUUACCAGAAUGGGAUACCAAACGGCAAGUAUAGAAGAAAUGGUCACAUUAAACAUGAAAAAAAGGUGAAAUGAGCCAACUACUCAAUGUACAUUAGCAACAAAUCAGUACUAUAAUUAAAUUUUAUAGCUGUAACAUAGUAUAACACCUACUUAAAGUAAAACAAUAAACAGUUCUAAUGCUCCCCUACAGUAUGUAAUCUUAUGCAAUUAAAUUCUGCAGAACUAAGAAAAAUCUUUAGAAAAAUGAAGCACAACCUAAAGUACAAAAAGUAUUUUAUUCUUAAUACUGAUGGAGAAAGGUCAUUCUGGCACUGAAGUUUUCUAGAAGCCUUAAUUCUCUGAAGUAAUUCAUUAGGUAUAUUCAUGUCUGCUCAAUUUGUGAAUAAUAUGUGUGUCUCAGAAAAGGAAUGGUUUCCUUUUACUUACAAAGAUUCUUCCUUUUUUCAUGCACAUUUAUAUUUUAGCAAAGAAAUCUUGGUUCUAUUUAUCUAAGGUUUAAUUUGUUAUCUGACAAUGAUGUUAAUUAAAGUCAUCUUUCAUAGUGUUCAGUACAUAGAAAUAAACAAACUGUAGAAUUAUAAUGCAGCCAUAAAAAUCAUAUUCUUAAAAGGC